UUGAAGUAAAACUCGUCUGAAAACAAGACCUGCAACAAGUGACUUUGAGCAAUUUAGAGGAGAUGGAUCUUUCGCUUUUUGCCGCCGUUUUUUAGAGAACUUGAACGACAAACAAACACAUAUUGUGGGGUAAACUGCGGUGAGCCUUAUUCACGGAAAGGGAUUCGGUCAUUUCUUUCAGUGUUCCGUAUGGAGUCUUACAGAGUAAGCGGGAUCCCAAACACUGGACUUUCACAAAACUAUACCCAGCCCUCCCGCGCAAGAGGUCAGGCUAAUGGUACAUAUGGCCUCAGUAUCAGAGUACAAGGCAUAGAUGGACAUCCCUUUGUAGUCCUCAACAACCAGGAUAGAGGUUCAAACCCCUAUGGAGUUCCCCAAAACGGUAACGGAUAUCUGGAUUCUGAAAGCGUUUUCACUCGCAAUUAUGAGGAGUAUGAAUUCAAAGAAUCUAUGAAAUAUCUUUCUGAAGGCCCGUAUGUGGAUUUUAGGCAUCAGAAACAAAAUGGAGGUCCGCAAAAUGGAACGUCUGAUCCUAAGAAACAGUCCACUCUUUUGAACUACCAGAAGCAUCCAGAACUUCUCAAGCCAUAUGAUCCUGACAGUAACACUCUUGAUAACUUCGCAAGACUGCCUACAGUUGAGACAAGAAAUUCCUACCCAGGAUCUUUGCCCAGAGCUAACUCCUCAGCUGGUAGCCAGCCGAGAACCUCUACCCCAGACCAAUUCGUAGUCCAAAAUGCAUCUUUACCGAAUGACAGGAGAAACGUCCAAUCUCAGGAUCGUCCCCACACACUCCCAUUACAGGUCCAAUCUCAAACAGGUCCGUCCAAAGACCAGGCCCAGCCUCAGGUUAAACCCCAGGGUCAAACACAACCUCAGGUCAAGCCGCCCUCUCAGCCAACACAAAAAACUCCAUUGCCUUACCAGGCUCAAACUCAGCCCACACAACGCCUUCCGGUUCCUCAGGCAUCCACGGCAAUCAGCAACCCUUACGAUCAGACCAAGUCGUCCUCUAGAACUCCGAGCUCGGUGAGUAGCACAAACUCAAGUCUGGAGCGAAGUCGACGUGAACCAGACGUUCUGCCCUUGCGGCGCACUGACUCCAGCGGCCCGGUUCUACAGUCUUCUUCUUCCCGUAAGUCAUCCGUGGGCUCCACCACACCGACCAAGGAAGACCCGUUUGACCAGCUUUAUGCAGAAAGUAUCAACCGGCAUGAAAACCGACGCUAUAUACCUUUCCUGCCUGGCACAGGGCGUGAUAUUGAUACUGGGCCCAUCCCUGGUGUGGAUGAGCUUAUCAGAAAGUUUGACAGAAAAGAGACUCACCAACGCAGGGGUCGAUCUGGACGCAGGAACCGGCUUAACCCAGAAGACCGGAAGCGUUCCCGUAGUGUGGACAGCGCCUUGCCAUUCGGUCUCGAGGGUGAUGAUGACUACUUGGACGAGGUUAGCCGUAAUCGAGGCAGAUCCACAGAGCAUCUUCUUCGCCCGUCACAGCUCCUGCAGAAGGGUGUUGGAGUGAAAGCCACCACCAUUUCUCCACCUUCCACCAGACCGAGGAUAAACCUCAGAAAUGUAGCACAAAUAAGCAGUGCCCCGGGUUCUCCUCAGGGCACAGUCUCCGGCCCUCUUUUGGGGUACAAAAAUACCCAGAGUCGCCCCUCGGUUGUGCCUGUACAGAACAAAAAUGAAGAGACCAAACUAUCACAAAGCAGAAAGACCCUGUCGAGCGUAACAACAGCAUCAAUUUCUCGCUCUGCUGUCAAUGGGAAAACGCCAAACAGUGAAGUGGAUGCUCAGGUGACGCCAGAUCUUUUAAGAGGUCAACAAGAGCUUUCACAACAAACAAAUGAAGACACUGCCAAGCAGAUAUUAUUCAGUUACCUCAAAGAUGGGAGCAACGAUAAUGACGACACAACCAAGAGGAAGGUCAACCUGGUGUUCGAAAAAAUCCAGACGUUGAAGUCACGGGCUGCGGGGAGCGUGCAAGGGGACAACAAUUCGCAAGACCUUACAGCCCAAGCUAAAGCCCUUCAGGAGCAGAAAGCAGAACUGGAAAAAGAGAUUGUGAAUCUUAAGAAAAAGCUAGAAGAAGAAAGCAAGAGGUGCAGAGAUCUGAGUGAUAGUCAGCGGAAGGCGGGAGCUGGAAUUAAAGACUCAAAGAGAGAGUUGGACCAGAGUCAAGCAGAUUGUGCCAGACUGCAGGACAAGCUUAGUAAAACUGAGGCUGACUUGCGUACUACACUUGAGGACCUCUUCCAGGUGAAGAUGGAAAAAGAGCAGUACCAGACUGAGAUCAGAGACCUGCAGGACCAGCUCUCAGAGAUGCACGAUGAGUUGGAUGUAGCCAAACAAACUCAAACAGACAGCGCAGAAAAAGAGGCUAUUAUGGAGGAUGUGAUGCAGAUGAAGUUGGAUAUGGAGGAGCUGCUCCUAGCCAAAGAGGAGCAGGAGGAGCUGCUGAGGAGGCGUGAAAGAGAGCUGACCGCCCUCAAGGGAGCUCUGAAAGAUGAAGUAGCAACUCACGAUCAGGAGGUGGACAAACUUAGGGAGCAGUACGAAAGGGAGCUCCGAAAGCUACAGACGGUUGUAGAGGAGUCCAAACAGAACAAUGCCACGGCCAACAAAGCGAAGGAGGAAGUGGAAGCAGCACGUAAGGUUUCUGAGACCCAAGCGAGCCGUCUGUCUCAAGAGGUGGAUAGACUGCGGAGAAGAGUACAGGAGCUGGAGAACGAAGUGGCCAAACUGAACCGCAUUAUUGAUGAUGCCAAGAUGCAGGAGAGCCGGUUAGGAGAGCGAGCCGGCCGCCUGGAGAAAGAGAAAAGGCAGUUGGAAGAGUCUUUUGCUGAGGUCAGGGAACAGGAAGAGGAAAUGACCAGAGCGAACCGGGCCCUUAGCACUCGCCUGGAGGAUGUGCAGAGAAACUUAACCAGAAUGACUCACGAGCACCAAGAGCUACAAGAACAACUGAAGGAGGAACGAAGUCAGAAAGAGCAGUUUAAAAGUACCAAGAAUGAAAUAGAAGAUGAGAGAAGGCUGCUUGACCGGACUGUUGAGAAAUUACAGCGGGAGAUGAAUGAGAUCGUAGAAGCAUCUCAGAGCUCAACGCAGGAGCUGCAGGAGCAGAUAGACAUGUAUAAGGAGAAGAACCGGAGGGAGAUGGCCGAGCUGCAGAAACAGCUGAGAGAGGGAGGACUGGAGCUGGAGAAGUCACGUCUUACCACCAAGAACCUUCAGGAGGAGCUGGCUAACAUGCAGGAGGAUCUGCGGCAAUGCCAGAAGGACAGAGAUGAUGCACUGAAGACAGCAAAAGACUUGGAGCAGAAGGUUUUUAAUCUGGAGGUCGAGGCCGAUACCAAAGCCCACUCAAAUGACAAAUCCAGACAGACCAAGCUCCUGGAGGAUAAAGUAUCACAAUUAGAAAUGGAGUUGGAAGAGGAGAGGCAGAGUGGAGACAUGUUGAUGGAAAGAAUAGACAGAGGGAGAGAACAGCUGGAACAGAUGAGGAGUGAGCUCAUGCAGGAAAGAGCCAGCAAACAGGACUUGGAGUGUGACAAAAUCACAAUAGAAAGACAGAAUAAAGAUCUGAGGAGCAGGAUUGCUUAUUUGGAGGGAUCUCAGAAGCCCAGUAAAGAAGGCCUGGUGGCCCAGCUGGAAAAUCGCAUCCAGGAACUGGAGGAAAGAGUAGAGGCAGAGGAGAGGGAACGUGCAAACCUGCAGCUGGCGAACCGUCGGCUGGAACGUAAGGUGAAGGAGACGAUGAUGCAAGUGGAUGAAGAGCAUCAAUCACUGCAGGAUCAGAAAGAUCAGCUGAACCUGCGUCUGAAGGCUCUGAAGAGACAGAUGGAUGAGGCAGAGGAGGAGAUUGAUCGACUGGAGCACAGCAAGAAAAAACUGCAGAGGGACCUGGAGGAGCAACAGGAGGCCAAUGAACAGCUUCAGACUCAGCUCAAGUCACUGCGCAGUGAAAUGAGGCGUAGGAACAGCUCGGCACCAGUGCUGAAUGCUGAUGAUGAUGACGAUGAUGAUGUCAGCACUGAUGGUGAGACCUACUUCAGCUAUUCAUCUGGCUUCAAACGCUCUAGCAGUCAGGAUGGCAUCAUCUCAAAUUUCUCUCUGUAAAAUACUAUUGGAGGGAUUUGUUUAGAUGGACAGAAAAUGUGUGCUCUCAGUUAUGAGCAUUUGUAAGUUUUUGGCUUUGCCACAAUUUCAUGUAACCAUGAGACCAAUCUUAAUGCCUUUCUCCUAUGAUGAUAUAUUUUUUUACAAAUAAUCUCUUGUGUGUUCAAACCUAUGUGAUACUGUCUAGCACUGUAUCUGCUUAAAAUACGAUUAUAUUUUCUAGACAUAAAGCUGUUAUCCGGAAUGUGAAGGACUUAUAUACCUAAAAGCAAUACAUACAAUAUAUAUGAAGGGAAGUAUUUAUAAGGGACAAGUUUCAAUAAAAUAAAACAGAGCUAUGUCCAACAUACAGUUUUUGAACUUUAAAUGUGAUUUUCUAACUUUCUAAAUGUGCUUUUACAUUUUCUGCUUAUUUUCAACAUUAUACCACAUAAAAGCGCCUUCAGGUUGCAACUGGCUACACCAUUUUUUUUUUUAUCACUACAUGUUACAUUUUAUAGACAUUUAUGUUACCAAGUCUGUCCUCUCUGUAACACAAAACAGUGUUAAAUAUAUAUAAAGUUGUAUGAGCCAUGUCGUAUUGUAGGUUUCAGUGGGAAUGUGUCAUGCACAUACUGUAAGUAAAAACAUUUGUGUGCCUGUCUGUAUGCAAACCUUGUAUAUUACUGUUCUGACAAUCACCUUUUUGUAAUACACUGUGAUGAUUUGCACUGUACGUUGACGUGAACCCUUUUUUGGAAACGGUGCUCAUAAAUGUUUAUGAAAAACGCUCUUAGACAUUAGUGCAUCUUUUUUUAAGAUUGAGAAGAUCCUGGCUCUACCUCUCUGUACACAUCUAUACAUUUAUGUAAAAGUAAAAAAACUGUAAACAAAAAUAAACUCAGUUAAUCCCG